UCGAACUUCAAACGUACAUGUGAAAAGAACGAUUAUAAAACAUAACKUUUUAAAGAYUUCCCCUAAGAUCCACAGCUUAUAAUGCCAUCAAGUGAUAGUGAAGGCGUUGUGCAGACAUCUCGUGUUCGCAGUGUUGUUCAGAGAGCUAAAGGCGGAUAUUCAAGAAGACAUGACUCCAARUCAAGGUCUAGAUCACCUGUGAAUAGAAGAAGGAGACACGAAGAUAAAGAGAACUACGAAGAUGAUAGGGACAACAGAAAGUGGUACAAAAGAAGCCGGAAAUCAGAAGAAUAUGAAAACAGCGAUGACAGCAGGGAAAAUAAAAACAGUACAACAAGCCAUAGACGCGAAGAACGUGACUAUAGAGAUGAAGACAGAGACAGACACAAGAGGUCAAGACAUAGAUAUGAUAGAGAAAGGAGGCAAUCAGAGUCGGAUGAAGAUUAUAGAAAGAGUUCACGGCAUGAUAGUAAAGAAAAACCUGAAGUGGAUAAUAAAAGUAAAGAACUGGAAGAAAAUUCUUCUAAGGAUAAUGACAAAGCACCAGAAAAUGAGAAAAAAGAUAAAAAGCAAGACAAUCCACUUUUGACUAGAACAGGUGGUGCAUAUAUUCCUCCUGCAAGACUUAGAAUGAUGCAAGAAAGUAUCACAGACAAAAGCAGUGAAGCAUAUCAGAGGAUWAGUUGGGAAGCUCUUAAAAAGAGUAUAAAUGGAUUAAUUAACAAGGUCAAUAUAUCAAACAUUGGUAACAUUGUUAGAGAACUCUUUCAAGAAAAUAUAGUCAGAGGCAGGGGGGURCUAGCKCAGUCUAUCAUUCGAGCCCAGUCUGCAUCACCAACGUUCACCCAUGUCUAUGCAGCUCUUGUGUCAAUUAUCAAUACAAAGUUCCCCAAAAAUGGAGAAUUAAUAUUAAGGAGGUUGGUUCUKCAAUUCAGAAGGGCUUUCAGAAGAAAUGAUAAGGCUGUUUGUCUUAAUAAUACCCGGUUUAUUGCCCAUCUUGUCAACCAACAAGUAGCACAUGAAAUUCUUGCACUUGAAAUCCUGACAUUACUCCUUCACAAACCCACUGAUGAUAGCGURGAAGUUGGUAUUGGUUUCCUGAAAGAGUGCGGAAUGAAGUUGACGGAGGUUUCGCCCAGGGGUAUACAUGCUGUAUUUGAAAGACUCCGCAGCAUUCUUCACAGUGGAGAAAUAGACCGUAGAGUAGAGUACAUGAUUGAAGUCAUGUUUGCAAUUCGAAAGGAUGGAUUUAAGGACCAUGUAGCCAUACCAGAGGGUCUGGACCUCGUUGAAGAAGAAGACCAAAUAACACACUUACUCAGACUAGAGGAAAGUGGAACUGCAGAAGACAUACUAAAUAUUUUCAAGAUGGAUCCAAACUUUUUAGAAAAUGAAGAAAAAUACAAGGAAAUAAGAAAAGACAUACUAGGAGAUAGUGAUGAUGAGGAUGAUGAUGAUGAYGACGACGAUGAUGACGACGAUGAGGAUGAUGACGAYGAGGAAGGAGAUGCACAAGGAGAAGCUAAUGAUGAAAAAAUGACAAUUAUUGACCAUACUGAAACCAACUUAGUUGCACUAAGAAGGACAAUCUAUUUGACAAUUCAAUCCAGUUUGGAUUAUGAAGAAUGCGCUCAUAAACUUCUCAAAAUGAAUAUUCAACCUGACCAGAUUCCUGAGUUUUGUGUCAUGAUAAUUGAUUGCUGUGCUCAACAAAGAUCAUAUGAGAAGUUUUUUGGACUACUUGCACAGAGGUUUUGCACUUUAAAGAAAGAGUACAUAGAUGAGUAUGUAAAGCUAUUCAAAGAACAGUAUGAAACCAUUCAUCGAUUAGAGACAAAUAAGCUGCGAAAUGUUGCAAAGUUCUUUGGUCAUCUUCUUUUUACYGAUGCAAUUCCUUGGACUGUACUUGAYUGCAUUCAUUUGAAUGAAGAUGAAACCACAUCUUCAAGCCGAGUUUUUAUCAAGAUCUUAUGUCAAGAACUAGCAGAAUACAUGGGAAUGCCAAAGCUCAAUGAGAGACUAAAAGAUCCAUUUCUGGGGCCGUACUUUGAAGGUCUCUUUCCUAGAGACAACCCAAGAAACACACGUUUUUCAAUCAACUUUUUCACCUCCAUUGGUCUUGGUGGAGUUACAGAUGAACUUCGUGAACACUUAAAGAAUGCCCCUAAGAAAAUAAUGGCACAGCAACAACAGGAGUCCAGUGACAGCAGCAGUGAUGAAUCKUCUAGUGACUCAAGCAGUGAAGAAAGCUCAAGUGAAGAGAGCUCAAGUGAAAGCUCAUCAGARGAUUCUGAAGAAGAAAGGCGAAGGCAGCGCAGAAAGAAGAGAGAAAGUGCAAAAAGAAAGAGUUCUCAUAAAAAGGAACAGAGAAAGUCACGUAGAUAGUUGCAGAAAAGAAUACACUGUAUAGUUUUAAUAUAAUCCUUGUAAUCCAAAUAUGUGUGAUAUUAAAAAAAACAUUCUUUCAAAUUGAA